GUCGAAUUUGAGCAUCUGUUCGUUCAUUGUAGAAUCGCACUCUCAUCAAACCAGGAAAUAAAAAAAGAUUCCAGUCUCUUCUUGAAUUUUAUCGACAAUGGGUACGAUUAAACGAUUGAAAUCCUCUUCUCAACGCCAAAACUGGGAGAAAAUUUUCAGCGCUUUGGUUCGGAUGCUAGAAACUCAACAGAAACAGCUUGAAACCCUCGUUUUAGAGCGAAAAGUUCUUGAAGAUCGCAUCCGAAUGCAACACGAUCGGUGGACCUCAGAUUCUCGUCUUUACGAAGAUUUUAUCUGCCAGUUGAAAGGGGAAUUGGCUUUACGCGAUAUGGAACGCUCGCUUGAGGCAUCAAAGUUAGAUUUAAACACGAGUAUGAAGCAGCGAGACAGUUUCCUUCGUCAAAUUACAUCAGAACACUCGAACGACGAAUUGCAAGAUUUCAAAGAAUUAUUUAGCCUGCUCUGCACUAAAAUCACCGUUACAUCUUUUCAGGAUGUUACUUCAAGAACCUUUUCGAAUAGUGGAAAAACUAAUAAAAGAACACGAAACUCUAAAGCCUUCAAUAUCGAGAUAGAGAGAUUACAAAAUGCAUAUGAAAAGCUUGAAUCAGAAAGGAGUUCUGAGGUAACUGCACUUCUGGCGGAGAAGACGUUUGUAUGGAAUCAGUACAACAUCAUGGAGAAUGACUACAAAAGUAAAUUAAGGCAUGAGCGUAGAGAAGUUGAACUAGGGCGUACAAAGAUUGAAAAUCUUCUUGCUAACAUGGAACAACUUCAAUCUUUGAAUGAUGAAAAAGAUUGUACAAUUGCAGCCUUGGAAAGCAAGUUGGAAAAGAUGGAGGUUGAUUCUAGGAAAUUGAAUGAUGAAAUUUCUAGAAUCUCACAUGAGAUGGAAGUCUUACGAAAGGAUAAUUGCGCAUCAGUUACAUCCGUGUUAAACCGAUGCACAUCAGGCAAUAGAACAUUUGGCUUAGGAGUGAAGGAAAAAGAGAAGGGUAGUGGCAGUAACAUCAUUGUGAGGAAAAAGGCAUAUUCUAAGACCAGAAAGGAAGAUGGGAGUUUAAAACGAAAAAGAGACCUUAUAAGUGAAUCAAUGACCCCAAAAUUGUUUACAUCGUCUUUCAAACCUCCAAAACUGAGGAGCAGUAUGUGUGUGUAAGUUGGUAUCUCUCAUAAAGUAACUAGUGAAAUUAUUGAGAAGGUAGUAUUAGCCAUGUAAGUGUAAGUUGUUCUUCUACAGAUAUCUCUGUUUAUCUCUCUGUGUUCUAUGUUCAUCACUUAUCUCUGCCUAUAAACAAUAAUCGUCAAUAACUUCUAACCAGCCUAACAUAAACCCUUUUUUUUUUUGUUAUGGAUCUGUCAUUUCUUCUCUGAAAUUACAUCAUUUUUUCUCUCUUUUUUGGCUGUGGAGGAACAACAUACUAUAAGGGGACCUUACAUGAUCGAUAUAAACCAAAGCUUCAUCAUGACUUAAUAAUAAUAUGGUCUCCAUAUUGCUGGAAACCACUUAGAGUGAAAGUAAGGCUGAUAAGAUAACAAGACCAACAACACCACCAGCAAAACCGCCGCACCCCAAGGCGAAGCUGAAGCAGCACCUUCCGUGACGUAAACCGGUUCGAGCUUUGUUCUGGGAGUGAUAAUUACAAGACGACCAUAUCUAACAAUGGAGUUGCCAACAAAGACAAAUACUAGAGGUAAAAGCAAGAAAAAUAGCUUAAAGUUGAUCCUUGUUUUCUUCACCUGAGACCUGUAGCUUGAAUAUGAUGAAACAGAUAGAAGAAUGACCAAGAUUCCAAGUAUUGCAAGGAGAGGUCUUGGUGGUGGAGUUAUGGAGGAUAAAGCUUGUUCUGCCCAUCCUUGUUUCCAUGCUGGCCCUCUUCUUUCUCUUAUUAACCAACCCAUUUGUCUCCUGAUUUUUUCUCUCUCUGUUUCACUU